UACCAAGCGACAGCACCUCUCAGCCUACCAGGACAAGCCAGCUGUUGCUUCACGCACCUCAUACUUGCUGUAGAAAUGUCCGCCAAGGCACUCUUCCUCUCCGUACUGGUGGCUCUGGUUGGCCUUGGAGCAGCGGCCAUCGAGAAGAAGGCAGCUGAAGAGGACGGGCGACUCUUCUUCACGGGAUUGACAGGGACUGAUGACGGCCAGAACAUCACUCUUGGCGGCAACGCUCUGAUCUUCCUCGGGCUGGUCCUGACGACGCUCAUUGCAGCAGUCAUUGUCCUCGGAGUCCUGCUCGGCGUCGGCCCCUCACUGUUCAAGCGCUUCGAUGACGACUACGGUUACUCCAGCCCCUCAUACUAUUCCUCCUAUUCUGGCCCAAACUCCCGGGAAAGCUCUUACGCCGUUCACCGCACGCUGGAGGACGCCGCCAGAAAGUUCGAAGAGUAACUUUUGUGAUGCUACCCAAGACCACAGCAGCCCAGUACUCCACCUCACUCCACCAAUGACACCUCCGCCCCUCGGCUCUGCUCUCAUGAACGUGGGAAGGAGGCAAAGAGUGUGUGAGUGAGGGUAAGGAGUGCGUGAGUGAGUGAGUGAGUGAGUGAGUGAGUGAGUGAGGACAGUGACGCUAACGAGAUUCUAUUAGUGUGAUUCAGUUUUCCUCAGGACUCCUCAACAAGUGACAACCUCAACCACUGACUUGAAAAUGUUGCUGAACGUAAGACUCAAUAUUGACUAAUCGACUUAUCACCUUCUUCUGCACAUAUUUUACUUUUAGUCCCUUUUCUUAUUAGUUUUACGGCUUACUCUUGCUUACAAUUCGGAAAAAAAGAAAAUAAGUGUAAGGAUCACCCUCUACACUAUACCACUUGAGUCUCAUGAGGGCAAUUCUUUCAUAUCUCGUCACCCAUGGUCAAGUGUCCACAGCUUCACUCACACAUCACAUUCAUAUACACGUUUGCAUAUCCAUUGUGAACACGACGCGACUGACUUAAACUCGACAUUCCACUGGACGACUUAAUGAAAAAGCGAUUUAAAUAACUUAUCAUAUUUCCUCUUUAACCUCUUCUUGACACAUUCGCACCACAUUCACCUUGAUAGCACAUUUCACAUCCUGCCGCGACAAACACUCAUUCCACUCGGCUUCUCAUUAUUUCCACCACCGUUUCCACUCAAUCGGCUUCACGACACACCACUGCGGGCAUUAUGAACUUAGCUUAAUAUGACGUGACUCGGCCUGGUAUCCUUCUUCAAUAGGGAUGCAGUGCUAUAGUGAGGUACGAAUUUCAGCACAUCUCAUCAACGUACGACCUUGUUCCUUAUAAAUAUUACGAACUCAUGACCUUACUGACGAAUAACUGAAUGACUCGUGACUGACGCAUAACGAACAAGAAAGGACUUACUUGACGGAAUUACGGGAAAACUUAACACGUGACUGACGCACCAAGACAGCUCCUUGUAACACACCCAUAAGCCCUCCUCGACGCAGCACCGGAACUAUGACGACGCACGUAACUUUAAUCGAAGAAAACUGACCCCUCUCUUCACUCACCUGCUUAUCUCACCUGUACAAAUAAUGACACACACGCACACACACACACAAACACACACACACACACACACACACACACACACACACACACACACACACACACACACACACACACACACACACACACACACACACUACAUAAGGUGAGACAAAGCAAUAUACCUUAAAAAAAUACCUUUGUCCCUCACUCACUCAGUUAAUUUAUUUAUAUUUAUUAUUGUAAAUUUAUACGUAGAAGGUGAACACUUUUUUUCCUUUAAUACAAAUACUAUAUAUGUGAAAUACUAUACCAAAAAUGUUUGUAUGUCUGAUUUAUUUAAGAGUUGCUCAUUAAUUUAUUGAGUUGUUACCUCACUUGUUAUCUAUGCAAUGUUUUGGUUAAUGCUGUAAUUCGUUACGUUUUAAUAAUAAUAUUACUCAAAAA